CUGGCUCUGGUUCCCGGGAAGCCGUGAGUUUCCGCAGGGAGGUGGCGGCAGCAGCUGCGGCCGGGAGGGUCUGCAGUCUGUGCUCAGAAAUCAGAGACCACACGACUCACAGUGAAAGAGAUGCCUGUUCUCCAUUUGCACAAAAUGAGCAGGAGGUGGUUAGCCAGCCCCAGAGCUCAACUUCACCCAGAAGCCAGCCUGCUGCUCUGAUGCCAAAGACGAGGCCUAGAGUGCCACACUUGGAUGCCCCCCUGGGUCUGCCCUCCUACCCCCGGCUGGAAUUAGCUGGGCUCUUCCUACUGGUUCCCUGGGUCAUGGGCCUGACAGGGACAGGAGGGCCUGAGGCCCAGAGUCCAGGGGGGCUCAGUUGGGCUGUGCAUCUGAAUAGCCCAGAAGGAGAGCAGAUGGAAGAUACUCUGGAGCAACAGGCAGAUGUCCUGGCCCAGGCUGUGGGGCUGUUGAAUGCUGGCCGCAUUGGGGAGCUCCAGGGACAUUACCUCUUUGUCCAGCCAGCUGGGCACAGGCAAGACCAGCAGGUGGAGGUCAUUCGGCAGCGGGCAGAGGCUGUGCUGGCCAAGCAUGAAGCAGUGCGCUGGCACUCGGAGCAGAGGCUAUUAAAGCGGGCUAAACGCAGUGUCCACUUCAAUGAUCCCAAGUACCCACAGCAAUGGCACCUGAAUAACCGGCGGAGCCCCGGCAGGGACAUAAAUGUGACUGGUGUGUGGGAGCGCAAUGUGACCGGGCAAGGGGUGACCGUGGUCGUAGUGGAUGAUGGAGUUGAGCACACCAGCCAGGACAUUGCACCCAACUAUAGCCCUGAGGGCAGCUAUGACCUCAACUCUAAUGACCCCGACCCCAUGCCUCACCCAGAUGUGGAGAACGGCAAUCAUCAUGGCACCAGAUGUGCAGGAGAGAUUGCAGCUGUACCCAACAACAGCUUCUGUGCAGUCGGGGUGGCAUACGGCAGCCGCAUAGCAGGUAUCCGGGUACUGGAUGGACCCCUCACAGACAGCAUGGAGGCUGUGGCGUUCAACAAGCACUAUCAGAUCAAUGACAUCUACAGCUGCAGCUGGGGUCCAGAUGAUGAUGGAAAGACCGUGGAUGGACCCCAUCAGCUCGGAAAGGCUGCCUUGCAACAUGGGGUGAUUGCUGGGCGCCAAGGAUUUGGGAGCAUCUUUGUGGUUGCCAGUGGCAACGGGGGCCAGCACAAUGACAACUGCAACUAUGAUGGCUACGCCAACUCCAUCUACACAGUCACCAUAGGUGCUGUGGAUGAGGAGGGGCGGAUGCCUUUCUAUGCAGAGGAGUGUGCCUCCAUGCUAGCGGUCACCUUCAGUGGUGGGGACAAGAUGCUGCGGAGCAUUGUGACCACGGACUGGGACCUUCAGAAGGGCACUGGCUGCACUGAGGGCCACACAGGGACCUCAGCUGCAGCACCUCUGGCAGCCGGCAUGAUAGCCCUGAUGCUGCAGGUGCGACCCUGCCUCACGUGGCGCGAUGUCCAGCACAUCAUUGUCUUCACAGCCACCCAGUAUGAGGAUCGCCGGGCAGACUGGGUCACCAACGAGGCAGGCUUCAGUCAUAGCCACCAGCAUGGUUUUGGCCUCCUCAAUGCGUGGAGACUCGUCAAUGCAGCCAAGAUCUGGACAUCUGUACCUUACUUAGCAUCAUAUGUCAGUCCUGUGUUAAAAGAGAACAAGGCUAUUCCACUGUCCCCCUGUUCACUGGAGGUCCUGUGGAAUGUCAGCAGGAUGGACCUGGAGAUGUCGGGACUGAAGACCCUGGAGCAUGUGGCAGUGACUGUCUCUAUCACCCACCCACGACGCGGCAGCUUGGAACUGAAACUGUUUUGCCCCAGUGGCAUGAUGUCCCUUAUCGGCGCCCCCCGCAGCCUGGACACGGAUCCCAAUGGCUUCGAUGACUGGACCUUCUCCACCGUGCGAUGCUGGGGGGAAAGGGCAAAAGGGACUUACAGACUCGCUAUCAGGGAUGUAGGAAACCAGCCAGCCCAGGCCGGCACCCUCUGGAGGUGGCAGCUGACCCUGUAUGGCUCUGUGUGGAGUGCAGUAGACAUCAGGGACAGACAGAGGCUGAUAGAAAGUGCCAUGAGUGGAAAAUACCUGCAUGAUGACUUCUCUCUGCCCUGCCCACCUGGGCUGAAAAUCCCUGAGGAGGAUGCUUACACCAUCACCCCCAACACCCUCAAGACCUUGGUGCUCAUAGGCUGUUUCACCAUCUUCUGGACUAUUUACUACAUGCUGGAAGUAUAUUUGAGCCAGAGGAAUGUGGCCUCUGACACCGUUUGUAGGAGUGGACCCUGCCACUGGCUGCACCGGAGCCGAAAAGCCAGGGAGGAGGGGACAGAGCUCGAAUCAGUGCCGCUUUGUACCAGCAAGGAUGUAGAUGAGGUGGAGACAGAAAGUGGGAACCCUCCCACCACCUCUGGUCUCCUUGCCCCAGACCUGCUGCAUCAGGAGAACUGGAGCCUGUCCCAGAACUUCAUGAGUGCCCUGGACUCCCCACAUCAGUACCUGUCCCCAGACCUGUUACAGGGAAAGGAGCAGCACGUGUGCUGACCCCAGGAUCUGACAGACUCAAUGCGGCGUAGGCUCUUCCUUCCCCAAAUU